GACAGUGCAGAGGAAAGAAUAGGUGAAGGAGCAGGAGUGGGGAUUCAAGUGGCGCAUCUCUGCUCUCAGCAUCCAGGGUCCGUGGACUGUCUUAUGGGACUCGGUGGGCCGCGGUCCGCGCCAGGUGGACUGGCAGCGGGGCGGCUCCGGACUCUGGCGCAGGUUACGCCGCUGGACGCAGUGACAGAGAAAACCCGCGGCGGCCACUGAGGGACACAACUGACAUUUUUGGCUGUCACAGUGAAGCAGCAUGCCAGCGAUCACUCACACCGACCGCGGGGUGUGAGGAAGAGGGGGAGAGAGGCUAUGGACAUGCAGGGGGAUGACUCGCUGUUGAAGAACCGGACGGUACACGGGCCGGAGCCGAGCCAGGGGGCAGCGCGCCCUGCAUGGGCAAUCACAGCGCUGGCGAGCGUGCUGAUCUUCACCACUGUGGUGGAUAUCCUGGGAAACCUGCUGGUUAUCGUGUCUGUGCUUAGGAACCGCAAACUAAGAAAUGCGGGAAAUGUCUUUGUGGUGAGCCUAGCCUUCGCUGACUUGGUGGUUGCAUUCUACCCCUACCCUAUGGUGUUGUACGCCAUCUUCCAUGAUGGCUGGUCACUCGGUGAAACCCAGUGCAAGGUGAGUGGCUUCCUGAUGGGGUUGAGUGUCAUUGGCUCUAUCUUCAACAUAACAGGCAUCGCCAUCAACCGUUACUGUUACAUCUGCCACAGCUUCAGCUACGACAAGCUGUACAGCUACCGCAACACGCUGCUGCUGGUGGCACUCAUCUGGCUGCUGACCCUUGUGGCCAUUGUGCCCAACUUUUUUGUUGGUUCGCUCCAGUACGACGCACGCAUCUACUCAUGCACAUUUGCACAAACAGUCAGCACGUCCUACACCAUCACUGUAGUGGUCAUCCAUUUCUUUGUGCCCAUUGCUGUGGUCACCUUCUGCUACCUGCGUAUCUGGAUCCUGGUCAUCCAGGUAAGGCGGAAGGUAAAGUCAGAGGUCCGCCCUCGCAUCAAGCCCAGCGACCUUAGGAACUUUAUCACCAUGUUUGUGGUGUUCGUGCUGUUUGCUAUUUGUUGGGCACCACUCAACUUCAUCGGGCUCGCUGUUGCUGUCAACCCUGAAGCAGUGGCGCCUCACAUCCCGGAGUGGCUCUUUGUGGUCAGCUACUUCAUGGCUUACUUCAACAGUUGCCUUAAUGCCAUCAUCUAUGGCCUGCUUAACCAGAACUUCCGGAGGGAGUACAAGCGGAUCAUCAUGUCAGUGUGGAUGCCUCACCUCUUCUUCCAGGAGACGUCCCGAGGGGGCACUGAGGGCAUGAAGAGCAAACCCUCGCCAGGGCUCAAUAACAAUGAGCAAGUAAAAGGAGAAACCCUGUGACACUGAUUUCCUCCUCUUUCAUCUCCUCGUCCCUCCUCUUCUGUGUUCACUUGUGCAGUGCCAUUGAUCAGACUUAAAUCUCUACUGUGCCAAAGCAAUGAACUCUGGAAAUACAGAUAGAAUGACCAACAGUGAGCGGGAGAUUAAAAUGAAAAAAGAGAUCAAACAGAGGCAUACUGACUACAAUAGUAAUGUUAGUCAUUCUUUUAAGAGUGCCAUUCAUAAAACCUGAGGCUCAUCAAUUUCAGUUUGCACCGAUUUUAUCUAAAGAAUUUUUUUUAAUUCAUUUGAAAAACUUAUUGUGAAAUUGAUUGAUUUGAUUAUAUGUUCCCUUCCCUAAAACAUUGCUCAACUUAGUUUACAGUAAAUAACGACAGAUGAUGGCAAGUACACCCAGAAUAAGUUUCUGCAACAGAGUGAAGAGAAAAAUGGAGAUAUGUUAGUUAGACGUGGUAUGCUCCUGGGGGUAAAAAAAAUAAUUGAAUCCACUGAAUUGUCCCCCUGCAAAAUUUUGCCCCUUAAGGACUAAAAGCCAGAGGUGUGAACUAAAGAUCACAUGACUUGGACUUGAGUUGGACUCGAGUCAUAAAUCUGAUGACUUUAGACUCAACUUGACAAAAUCAAAAAAGACUUGCACCCCGACUUGGACUAAAACACCAGUGACUGGUGACUUCACUUGGACUGAAGCCUUUUGACUUGAAAGUAAUUAAUACUUUUCUAAAGGGCCCAAAGAUUAAAAAGUUUGUUAAAGUCAAAGUCAGUGAACACAUGAUAACUGUUAGAAAAUACAUGCUAAAAGCAUGAAGACUGGGCACUGCCAGUGCUACACUGUGGAGUUUGACAGUUUAACUGUUUUUUACCACUUCUGUGUCCAGAGCUUUUUGGGCGGGUCUAAAAGCCUGUUCAGUGAUGCACUAAAGCCACCCAUAACAUAACCCUUCCCCUAUUAUAUAAAUACUACAUUACUACAAACGUUGUCUUAGGGCGCAUUGCACUAGUGUCGUUCUGUUCGCCCACUGUGUGUGAGCGGGAAGUUUGCUAUGUCCCGUGAGCUCUCUGAGCUCAUUUAGUCUAAUAAAUACAUGAAUAAACAUCUCUGUUAAAUGCCUCAGCCAUAUAAACACAAGCUUAACAGCCAUCACUAAUGUACCUUUCAUUCUCUCUGGCCAAAUCAGCUACCCAGCCUGCCGGCAAUUGCUGCUCACUGCUGUGGGCUUUUUCUAACAUUAGCUGUUGUUAGCUGCUUUACAAGAGGCUAUAGCUGCACAGCAGCUCUUGUUCCUCCUAGUUCAUAGGGCAUGUGCUGUGCAAUCAUAGAUUGUCUGUGCUAGUGGCUUAGCUGCUAACAAGAGUCUGUUGCUGCGCAGUGACUCAUACUUCGGCUCGGGGGUUGUGUAUAUGACUGUGCCUCUGGCUUAGCUUCCAACAAGUGUCGGUCGUUUCGUUAACUGCUAACAAGAGUCUUUCACUGCACUGCAGCUUUUUUUUCAGCUCGGGGUUUGUGUAUGCUUUGUGCUAUUGGGUUAGCUUCUAAUUAGUGUCCAUUGUUUCAUUAUGGCUUUUCAGUGGACACAUCCCCAGCAUCUCAGAGCAGAGAAUACUGCCCAUUUUUUUCACAAUUUUGAAAUCUAAUUUUAUAUACCAUGCAAUUUUUUUCAAUCAUUCAAAUUGGGCUGGGUGGUUUACACAUUUUUCUGUGGUGUUACAAACUCAUUACAGGUUGGUGAUGGUUGGCAAUAUCACAUACGACAUAAAGUACUUUGUGAAGUAUUUUACAACAUUUAUAUUAUACAACAAGACUGGACAGAAAUAUACAAAAUUUAUUCUGCAGUGGUACUGGUUAAUGAUGUGAAAGUGCAAAGUCGGCACUAUUUUCUUAAUGAUUAAGUGAAGUCACACUUGUUUCAGCAAAGUUGUAACUUUAAAGACAUUUAAAAAAAAAACAUUCAUGAUUUUUGCAAAUAUAUCAUUACUCUAUUGUUAAAGAGGUAUAACAUUUGGUGAAGCAUGCAUUUUGACUAUUAAAGACUUGAAACUCAAAGUUUAGGACUUGACUCAGGACUUGUCAGUCUUUAUUUAGGACAUGAUUUGGGAUUUGCCUGUCUUGAUUUGGGAUUUGACUCAGGAGUUCAGACUUACUUGUGACUUGAAAAAUAAUGACUGGUCCCACCUCUGCCAAAAGCUAGUCAAUUUGUCUAAUAUUAAUUAAUUAUUAAUUAUUAUUAAUAUUUCAGUCCAGAGUGUAACAUCCUGACAAUUACUGGCACACAAAGUGUAAGAGGCAGUGUGACCUUUAUGUAGCAGGGGUAAGACUGCAUUCACACCAAAUCAGGCAUUGUGGUGAUCAGCUGUAGGGUGGUGCAGCGGUGUGGGAGUGUCACUUGAAUAGCCCAGUUGUGGGGAGGUGGAGGGUGAAGACCAACUAUAGAAAGGAAAUCUCCCCAUCUCAGGGACUGAGUACUUGUCUUCAGUAAGUUUGUUUAUGUUGGCUUUAAAGAUUUGUAGAAUUCCUUUUGGUUAUUGUAACUGUAGUAUCUUUACUACCAUAAAAGGCGUGUUCUCAUAAACAAAGCAAGUGCUCUCCUUGGAUACGAGCUGUUAAUACGUACUUUAUUUCACUCGCUAUAAUUUUUCAACGUUGCUGAAAACUGACUUGUUCCUGUGGACUGCUGGCAUUGUCCAGUCUGAUUGCUGGGUACGUGACUGGUCACCACAGCAUAAUGUAUAAAAAAUAAAAGAGAGGAAAAGCCCUGGUCCUGAUGGUCUUGAAAGAAAAUUAUUGAAGAGGUGUGUCAGUCAACUCAGUAGUGCCUUCUUAGAUAUUUUUUAAUUGGGUUGUAUUUUUCCAAAAGUUAAUUCUGUUCAGGCCACUAUGUUUUUUUGCCUGAUUUAGUGUGAAUGCAGCCUAAUGUUGUGAGGGCAUGUGGAUAUCCAGGUGGAUAGGCAUGUAGCAUGUCUGCAGCUCAGACACUGAUGUCAGUAUUGUUAAAAUACAUAACAUAAAAAACAUUUCUUCCUAGUUCUCUAAAAUGCUAUCACUGAAUGUAACCUGUGGUGCACCAGAAUUCAAUAUAACAUUCUUCCGGCCGCAGGGUUGGGACAGUCUUUCACUUCUCUGUAGCGCAGUUUUCAGGACAAACAUUUUUAGUUGCACUAUUUUUAAGACUCAAAUGGCAAAAUUGUCUGUAUAACCCCAUAUACCUAACCUAACCUAUCUCCUGAAUAGUUCCAGGAACUAAGGAACCCUAGAAACUAAACUCAGGAACUAAAUCAUAAACAAAAGCCUCUUUGCUCGCUGUUAAAUGGGUGGAAACUAUGCAAACUAGUCAACAUGGCAGAAGACUUGGGUCUAAAACCCGUUUCCACUAAGCAGCCCGGUACAGUUCAGUUCAGCUCUGCACGCAUCUUUUCCGUUUCCACUGUGAAAAGUUGUGGAUGGUACCAAUGGAACUGUUCCGUACCAUCCCCAUUUUUGGUAACUCCUCUGUUGGGGUACCAAGCACACAGAUCUGGUACUAAAAGGUGGAGCUCUGAACACUGCAGUCCGUUGAUUGGUCAACAGAGGACAGUCACUCUUGCUCAGGGCUGAGUUGCGGCUGGUUUUAAGGCUUAUGUAACCACUGCUCAUACCAUGGCAAGUCUUACAUAUAUUAGUAAACUAUAACUAUAAAAUUUAAGGAUGUUUUGUUGCCUCUCGCAGCAACUGUAGACUGAGAAAAAAAUAAUUUAAUUAACUGGGCAGACUGCCGGCAACUUUUAAGGUGAAAUGUUUACUUGUAAUGUUAUUCAGUGCAUGAGUUGAUGACGUGAAUCACACCAUCAACACACCUUAAAUUUCAAUAUGACAACUUUGACCAUUCCAUUAGUUUUUAUUGUCCCUCUUGGACGACAUCAUACACUGUUAGUAAUGAGUGCAUCUUCAAGCAUUUAAAAAUUUAUAUUCAUUUCAACUGCAUAUAUUCUGAUCCUCACUUGGAGGGGAAAAAAGUGUCACGGAGCAUCGUUCUUGUGGACUACGGCGUCACUAACCCCCCCUGCUUGCUUGAGAAGGACAAAAUGCACAAACCUACUAUUUUUAAAUAUCCCAUUGACAGAGACUCUCACUGCAGCCUGUUCUAAUUUCUUCUGAAAAUGUUGGCGUGCAACCCCGUUCUGUAGACGAUAAACGAGUCGCAGACUUUUAUUUCUGUCACCAGUGAAAAUACAGGAAAUUCAGAGAGUGCUGGAUGGAGCAGUGAGUAACAACGACCCCACCCACAUAUUAGAGUACUGUUUGCAGUGGGAACGCCAAACGGACCUGGGGUCUAGGUACCAUGUCUGAAGGGUUGCUUUUGGUUCCAAAUAUAUCAAUAUCGGUAUCGGUUA